AAAAUUUCUGUUAUUGCACAUGUUUAAAAUGCUUUGUUAUUGUUUAUUAUUACAGUGAAACAGUAAUGACAGUGUGUAUUAUGGUGACUGGUACACUGGGAGCAUCUUUGAUUGUACAGUCUAAUAGCAGCAGGGAGAAAAGAGCAUCUGUAUCGCUCCUUCAGACACUUGGGAUAGUGAUUAUAUAGUGAUACAGUGAUACUGAUAACUGUCACAGAAGGAGCUGCUCAAAGCGCAAUGCUCAAUGCUCAAUGACCCCAAAUCUAUUGGCAAAUUUGCAGAAUGCUUUGCAUGGUCUUGCCAAUCUUCAGGUUUUGAGUCCAAAAGUGGGACCCUCAAAAUUUUGAUGAAUGGAAGACAAUUUGUCAAGAAGUCAAAUCUUUCAAGUAUUUUUUUCCUAACAAAUUGUUUAAACAUACAUUUGUGAUUGUUUAGAUAUAUUUUUUGUACAAAUUUAUGAAAACAAAAUAAGAACAAAAGUUGAAAUAUAUUAUGUGUUUAAAUUUGAAUUAGAUUCAAAUGUAUGUGCUGUAAGUAUAUUAAAUAACUAAAGAUGAAGUGGGUGCGAUUGAGCAGGGGCAGCUCUUCACUCAUUAACAAUAUGCUUCAGUUAUUUUGUCCAGCUGCUGUACGUCAUUAUCAACUGAUGGGCAUGCUCAAAACAUCAAGUAUGUUGGACCAUAAAAAAAGAUUAUUACAUUUCCUCAAAGCACUGUCUAUCUGUUUGCAUAGGUUAUGCAACUUUCUACCUCUGUGUAUUUGCCAAACACUGGUUGACGUAACUGUAUCAUGUGCAGGACAGAUGUUUUGCAUUUUGCCCAGAUAGAUUCCAUAGUGUAUUGCUACUUAAUAGCGAUGAGGAACUAAAAUUAGGCUGAAAUAGGUAUCAAGUGAAUAUUAUAGCCUUUGCUAAAUCCUCCACAAAGUGGCAAGACUACAUGGUUCCCAUUUCAAUCCUGUGUGAUUAAACUCUGGGUUGAGAUGACCAUGAUCUCCUGUGUCUGAGAUAGGCCCUGACCAGAAUUAAAUUGUUACUGCCGACAUACAGAAUAAUCACUGAUCUUUCUCGGUUUUUGUUCACUUCAUCAAACAGCAUAAGAUUUGCUAAGACUAGAAGAAUCCUUGAGUUUUUACCAUUUAAACAUUCAGCUCCCAAAGUGCACAAAAUCUGCUCAAUCUACAAACAUAUAAGAGGCAUAUAAAUAUUGGGAAUGAAUCAGCAUCUGGUUUAGACCAAGUGUCAAAUUCCAGUUCCUGGAAAAAAACCAAGCUUACCUGUGAAUGUUAGGGUCCUGUUACAUCAUUGACAAUGUAAGUGGGGUGUGUGGGACAGCCCUCAGUUUCUACCAAUGAAAAAAUGGGUGGUAUCAUCCAGCACUUAUUUCUGCAACAGCUGUCUAUAAAAGCGACCACAGAACUAAACUCACAACUCAUUUCAUUGCAUAAUUUAAACGUAUUCCUGUAGAGACAAAGUCUUUUGAGGCACUUCUUAAAGAGAAAAUGUCACGUGUCGGGAAAAUGAAUGGAGUCUCAAUGAACGGUUUUCACGGAGAUGAAAAGUUUAAAGGCCACGGACUAAAUGGCGACAGCGUCAAUGGAAUGAACGGAAACGGUGUUACUGUUCUGAACGGGAGCUCGCGCAGCCCAGUUAAACCGAGAGCGCGCGGGCAGCGGUGGAAGGUGCGAGCGUCGGAAAUGGCGAAGAGCACCCUCAACCCUAUCCGUGCUAUAGUGGACGGAAUGAAGCUCACCCCGAACCCUGACAAACCCAUGAUCGCCCUGUCCAUCGGUGACCCUACAGUAUUCGGAAACUUGCCUACAGAUGAAAGUGUGCUACAGGCUGUGAGGGAAGCUGUAGAUUCACACAAAUACAACGGCUAUGCCCCCUCAGUAGGUUACCAUAGGAGCCGAGAGGCUGUGGCAAACUUCUACAGCCAAGCAAGUGCUCCACUGGAAGCUAAUGAUGUGAUCCUGACUAGUGGGUGUAGCCAGGCUAUUGAGUUGGCCAUCAGUGUGCUUUGUAAUCCAGGAGACAACAUCCUGGUUCCUUGCCCUGGUUUUUCUCUCUACAAAACUCUGGCAGUGUCAAUGGGCAUCCAGGUCAAACUGUACAACCUACUGCCGGAGAAAUCCUGGGAGAUUGAUCUCCAACACUUGGAAAGUCUGAUUGAUGAGAAGACAACCUGUCUGAUCGUCAACAACCCAUCCAACCCCUGUGGCUCUGUAUUUAACAAAGAGCACCUGCAGAACAUCCUCUCAGUUGCCUCAAGACACUAUGUGCCUAUCCUAGCAGAUGAGAUCUAUGGAGACAUGGUCUUUCCCAACUGUAAGUUUCAUUCCCUGGCUCCUCUCAGCAGUGAUGUACCAAUUCUGUCCUGUGGUGGUCUGGCUAAACGCUGGCUUGUUCCUGGAUGGAGAAUGGGCUGGAUUCUUAUCCAUGACCGCAAUAACAUCUUUGGCCCAGAGAUUCGGGAAGGUCUUGUGAAGCUCAGUCAACGCAUUUUGGGAGCCUGUACAGUUGUCCAGGGGGCGCUAGAAAGCAUUUUUAAAAAUACCCCCUCUGAGUUCUACCAAAGUACAAUUAACUUCAUAAAGUCAAAUGCAGAUAUAUGCUUCUCAGAGCUGUCCACUGUUCCUGGGCUCAAACCAGUAAUGCCAUCUGGAGCCAUGUACCUUAUGGUUGGUGUUGAAAUGGAGCACUUUCCAGAGUUCCACGACGAUGUGGAGUUUACUGAGCGGCUAGUUACAGAACAGUCUGUGUUCUGCUUACCUGCCGCGGCAUUUGAAUACCCAAACUUUUUCCGGAUUGUGGUGACAGUUCCUGAGGAAAUGAUGGUGGAAGCAUGUGAAAGGAUCAGGGAAUUCUGUGCACGCCACUAUAGACCUCGCAGCCAAGACAGCAAUGACCUGGACAAAUGAACCUGGACCAUGCUCGAUGAAGAAGUUACAAAAGGGAACAUGUAGUAGUCAGUGAAAUCCACUUCAGUUGGUUUGAAUGUGGACUAAGGAAACUGAAAAUACUCCAUGUACUAGUGAUGACUGGUCAUGAUUUAUGAUAUGGGUGUGAUAAGGCUGAAAUCUUAUAUUUAUCCAAAGCUCAACAAUGAACAAUUAUUGCUGAGAAAUGGCAUUAUAACAUAAAAGUAUAUUCGGAGUUCUCUUUUUUUACUGCCAUUAUGCCUUGAAAACCAAAUAUAAUAGUAAACUUUAUGAUUUUGUCAUUUUACCUUUAGUGGAAUUUGUAUUCUAUUUUGGAGAGCAUUAGUCUAGCUUAGUCUAGUUUCUGAAGUAAAUGGCAUAUCAUUGGUCCAAUGAUAGACCAAAUAAUCCACUGCAUUCUCAUUCAUUAUAGCUUAUUAGGGUGUAUUUCUCACUCACUGAUGAUGAUGUGUCACCUAUAAGUCAGGCUUGAAAAUAUUACCCCAAAUUCACAAAAAUAGACACUAGACAGCACUUCAGUUUGAGUAAUCAUGUCAUCAUUGAUUUUUCAAGCUAUUCUGUAUUAACUGAUGGUAUUGUUGAGCUUGUUUGCACAAAUGUCCAAAAUUGUCCACCUUAACCAUUUGUUAAAAGAAAUCUGAUGUGGAUGCAACAAUUUUAUUAAUGUCUUUUUAUUACUGCAAGACGGAGAAGAGCUUAGGCCAUGCGACCCCAUUACUAUUAUAUAUAUACUAUGCAUCUAUUUUGUGCGAUUUUAUAUGAACAAGCAAAAGUUCUUAUUUAAAUCUUGUACUUAUCACUUGAAGACUGUAGUAAUUUCUUUUGUGUAUGUAUAUGAUCCUGGUUUGUUUGAGAGGCUAAAGAGAAGCCCAUUUCUCACCACUGCAUUACAAACUGACUGGAAGCUAUGAGUGCUGCUGUGGGAUCUUAACUUUCAUACAACAUGCUCUUUAUCCUGCAUACCAUGAAAUUCUCUGAACAGAUUGAUGAGAGCAAACGCUUGUUUGCUCAAACCCUCAAUGACGUCAGAGAUUCUGAGGUAUCUUUGAGAUCUCUGUAUAACAUAUCUGUAACCCCACCAUUGUAUAAACAUGGUUUUAUAGAGUUAAACAUUUUUUUAACUUCUUGUAUAUCCUUUAUAUUAUUUUUCAGUACUAAAUAGUAACAGUUAUUUAAAUAAAAACUUAACAUAAA